GUAAACUUUUGUAUUCGACAUUUGGUUAUAAUUUUAUAAAAAAUUUGUCAUUUGAAAUUGUAGUUUAAAUUGAAAUAUUUCACUUGCAGCUGUACUGAUUAAUUAGUACAAAUUAUCAGUUAGCAAUGGCUGCACCAGUGUCAAGACGAACAAUCGGCCAACUUCUCAAACAGGGAUGGAACGAGAUCCCUGAAAUUAUUGCUUCCACGGGCCUCGCUCUUGUCGGUGCUGGUUUGGCGACGAUAGGAUGUUACAAUUACACAAAGAACGAUGGUGACAAUAAAAGAUACAAGAUGACCUACGUCGUAAUGAGGCCGGAUGACCCGAGAGUGCAAAAAAUUCGAAAGGACUAAAUUACAUUCGUGUUUCAAUGUUAGUAAAUCACUAGUGUAUUAUGUAAUAAAACUUGCUGUUGUUAAUAUCAGUUUGUUUUUGCUUGGUUUAUUUAAUUAAGUCAAUACAGGAUGGUACAUACAUAUAUGGUAUAUAUUAACUAAAAUCUUGUCGACAAAUAGCAUUAGUAAAAAAUAAUAGCAUAUUAAGAUUAUGAAGCUAAAUUGUGUAAAUAAAUAUUAUGGGACACCGAUAAUUUA